UGCAAUUCUCCACGUGCAGUGUUCAAAGCAGCAAGAUUUUAAAUUUUGUGAUUAUAUUUCACAUAAUUUCACAUAUAUUAAACGAUGUAUAUAUAUAUUAUAAAUUAAUAACAUCGUGUAAUAAAUCCGAAUGUAACGUUUUUGCAUCAGAUGGGAAUCAGAUAGUAUAAUAAACCUCAUGCAUAUUUAGAACAAGUGUUGUGAAAUUAUUUUUGUGUACAUAAUUCUGUGAAAACAAUCUGUGUUUAUGAAGAACAAUGGACAAAUCUAAUGAAAUUAAAAAAACAUGGACGGAGGAGGAGCGUUUAGAGCUUGCUGCCAAAUUGGAUACCGAAUUGGAUGAGUAUAUAAAUAGUCUGGAGAAGAAAAGUUAUGCAGAAGGAUGGCCGGAAGACAAAUGGCAAGAGGAAAUGGAAAAACAUCCUUUCUUUAUGAAAAAAGCGCCGGAACCUGGCGACGAACUAUCCCCUCUGAUGGAGGGAUUGCAACAGCUCAAAUAUAGCAAAGAUGAGAAUACCCCCGAAGAAUUGGCAAAUAAUUACAAAGAGGAUGGAAAUUUUAAUUACAAAUAUAAAAAGUAUCGUCUUGCUAUUCUCAGUUAUACAGAAGGAAUACGAACCAAAUGUACAGAUAAUGAUUUGAUGGCUCAAUUGUACAAUAAUAGAGCUGCGGCACAUUUUAUGUUACAAAAUUAUAGAUCAAGUUUAAAUGAUUGUAAGUUGGCUUUAAAGUUCAAGCCGCAAUAUUCAAAAGCUUUGAAUCGAGCUGCCAUUUGUAACUUUCACAUUAAGGAUUAUGACCAAUGUAUCGAUUUAUGCGAUCAGUUUCUUGAUCAUAAUCCAACUGAUAAAACAAUAUUGAAAUUAAAAUCUGAUGCCAUAAUUGCAAGAGAACGUUUACAAAGAGACAAAAGAAAACAAGUAAAGUUAGAAAAAAAAUUGGAUAAAGAGGACGAGAAAUUGUUAGAAAUAAUUUUGAGAAAAGAUAUUAAUUUAGAAUUAACAAAUGACAAACGAAAGCUAGAUUUGAAAGAUUUAGAACCUCAAGUGCCACAAAUAGCACAAAGUAGAGUGCAUUUUGAUGAAAAGAAUAAGCUUGUGUGGCCAGUAAUGAUUUUAUAUCCAGAGACUCAGCAAACUGAUUUCAUCCAAAAUUUUCAUGAAGCUACAAUGCUAAUAGAACAGUUAAUAGAACUCUUUGAAGAGCCACCCGAGUGGGAUGUUGAGCAUCAUUAUACUGUCGAUAAUAUAAAUGUAUAUUUUGAAGGCAAAAACAAAUGUUCCAUUCAUAAAGUAGACAUUCAACUAACAUUAGAUGAAAUAUUACGAGAUAAACGGUUCGUAGUUCGCGGUGGUACGCCGGCAUUUUUGAUAUUCGUAAAAUCCAGUGAAGCAGAGAAACGUUUCUUAGCAAAUUAUUAAAUGCUUAUUAUUGCAUGUACACUGUAUAUAUAUUGUAUAUAUUGCUUGUAAACAAAAUAUGUACUGGAUAUUAUAUAAACUAUAUAUUUUUUAUACAUGUA